UGGCCGACCAUAACACAACACAACACAACCCCAUGUUAAAACAACGGCUUAGAUUACAAAACUACCAUUAAAUCCAAUGGCUACACCACGAUGAAACUUGGCUUCACCAUCAAUCUCACAAAUCCCCUAUUCCCAUUUCUCUAAAACUCUCAGAUUCGCUGUUGUUAUCGCACAAACCUUUACGUAUAACCCGUAUCUUUAUACAUAAUACUAUAAAGUUUGUGUCUUUUUCGAAAAACAGAGUGAAGAUGCAAUCCGGGAAUGAUGGCGGGUCUGAUCAGCAACAACAAACGCAGAAAACCCAGCCAGCGGUUCCGACAACGACGACAGGAGCAGCGGCGGGGAUGGGUGUGGGUGUGGGUCUAGGGCAGCAGCAGUGGGUGGCGAUGCAGUACCCUGCGGCGGCGAUGUUAAUGCAGCAUCAGAUGAUGGCACCGUCUCCGGCUAAUUACCAAGUAACGCCACACUACAUGCCGUACCACCCGCACCACCUCCACCACCAGCCGCAUACUCCGGUGGUUCAACAGCCGCAGCAGGGAUCCGGUGGAGGAGACAACAAGGCGAUCUGGGUUGGUGACCUUCACAGUUGGAUGGAUGAGGAUUACCUCCGUAACUGUUUUGCUUCCACCGGCGAGGUUACGUCAAUUAAGGUUGUUCGCAAUAAGCAGACAGGAGAUUUAGCUGCAGACGUAACUGACGCGUUAUUACAUGAAACUUUUGCCAAUAAAUAUCCAUCCGUUAAAGCUGCUAAAGUCGUUAUUGAUAUUAAUACUGGCCGCUCUAAAGGGUAUGGAUUUGUAAGAUUUGGAGACGAUAAUGAGCGGACCCAAGCCAUGACUGAAAUGAAUGGGACUUACUGUUCGACUAGACCUAUGCGUAUUGGUGCUGCAACCCCGAGAAAAUCUUCUGCUUUCCAACAAGGAGGUUAUAUGUCGAAUGGUGGCUCGCAAAACGAUGGAGAUUCUACUAAUACGACAAUUUUUGUGGGAGGGCUUGAUCCAACGGUUAGUGAUGAAGAUCUUAGGCAGCCAUUCACGGAAUAUGGUGAGAUUCUUUCCGUAAAAAUACCAGUUGGUAAAGGUUGUGGAUUUGUACAGUUUGCUAACAGAAAUAAUGCUGAGGAGGCACUGCAAAAAUUAAACGGGACAGCAAUAGGGAAACAAACAGUUCGCCUUUCUUGGGGACGCAACCCCGCAAAUAAGCAGUUGAGAAAUGAUUUUGGGAAUCAAUGGCCAGCAACAGCAUGCUAUGGUGGUCAGAUUUAUGAUGGAUAUGGUUAUGCUCUUCAAGCACCACAUGACCCAAGCAUGUAUGCUGCAGCAUAUGGAUCAUAUGCUAUGUAUGGUACUCACCAGCAACAAGUAAGCUAAAUGGGUGGGGGGAUAAAAUUUUGAGUAAAGACUCUAUUAGUUGAUUAUCUUAGGGAUAUUGGCAAACUGGAUUUAUUUUUUCAUUUAUUUGCAAGUGUGGGAUUCAAUUUGGAACCUUUUUGAUCGUAAUAAUCUAACUUGCAGAAUUUGAUGUGGCCA